AUGGCCCAGUCCCGGCCAAAAAGAAAGGCCGCAUGCAAUAAAAACUACUCAGAUGCCAUUAUCGAGUCUCGAUUCGAUGACAUCGUCAAACCUGCUCAGGCCAAUCCUAGAAAUGGAUCUCGCCGAAGAGGAAUCUCUGCGUCUCCGUCCAAAUCAACUGGCUCUCCUUCAGCACAAAAAUCGACCGGUAAGGUGCCUUACAAUUGGCAGCCGCCUCCACUGGACGCGGACGUUUUUUCUCGGAGACUUAACUUGACGGAUGCCACAGUAGACACCAAGAAACAAGUCUUGCUGUGUCCACAUCAACCAUUUGAAGCUUCCAGUUUCAACAUUCUAGACGAGGCUGAGCCGUUGGCAGCAUUGCUUCUGGAACAUACAGGCCAGAAACAGCCAAAACCUCGGAGACUGCCGCAGACAGUUUUCCAGUUAAAAAAGGGCGAUUUCAUUUAUAUGGUGAGCGAACCUCCAGGAGAGCCGUACUAUAUCGGGCCGGAUCAUGGGUUUUAA